AGGCAUGGCAAAGGUGGAUGCUGAUGGCAAUGACACAAGCGCAGAAUCUGAAGCCAAAUUUCAGCCUAGCCUUCUGCAAAAGUUGCUGCGUUUACUCCUCAGCUUCGUGAGUGCCAGUCUGAAAUUCCUGAUCCUAGCAGGGAGUUGCCUUUGGGCUUAUCGAAUUCGACAGAUCUCCGUGCAGAAGUACGGUUACUUGAUCCACGAGUUCGACCCUUGGUUCAACACGCGGGCCACAAAAUAUCUGGCGAAACAUGGCUGGCAUGCCUUCUUCCACUGGUAUGAUUACAUGAGUUGGUAUCCACUUGGCCGUCCCAUUGGCACGACCAUUUACCCAGGGAUGCAGAUCUUAUCGGUGUGGAUUUGGCAAUUUCUGAAGCUCUUCCCCAAGAAGACUGUAGACAUGCCUGGCAGAGACCUGAUUCCGGCCAACUGGCUGCCGAUGCUGCCAGGGCAUGGGCAACUUUCUAUGGGGCCGAUGUCUGUGAACGACGUGUGCGUCAUGGUGCCUGCUUGGUUAGCCUCUGUGGCCACUUUUUCCAUCUUCCUUCUGACCUGGGAAGUGUCUGAAAGCUCUGGCGCUGCGGUGUGUGCGGCACUUGUGAUGUCCAUCAUUCCUGCGCACCUCAUGCGCUCCAUGACAGGUGAGUUCGACAAUGAAUGUGUCGCAAUGGCGGCUUUUUGCACCGCGUUUUGGCUUUGGUGUCGGAGCAUAAGACACUCCAGUAGCUGGCCUUGGGCAUUGCCUGCCGCUCUUGCUUACGCAAGUGCUGUCGCAACCUGGGGCGGUUACAUUUUUGUGAACAAUUUGAUUGCACUGCAUGCGGCUGUUCUGGUGGGCCUUGGAAAGUAUGGCACAGGCUUGUACCGUGCCUACAGCAUUUGGUAUGUUCUUGGAAGUGCAUGCGCGACACUGGUGCCAGUAGUGGGGUUGAUGCCCAUCCGUUCCAUUGAGCAGAUGCCAUCCAUGGCCGUUUUCAUGGGAUUCCAGGUGUUGGAACUCUGCGACCUUUGGCGAAAGAGACGUCCCAUGAGCGGCCUGCGUUUUUUCUUCUUUCGGGUCAGCGUUUUUGUGACCAUCGGUGUUGUGACCUGUGCUGUGUGUUGGGUGCUGCUUCAGUUCAACUACUUCUCACCGUGGUCCUCGCGGAUUCGGGGUCUCUUCCUGAAGCACCGUAAGACAGGAAAUCCGCUUGUAGACUCAGUGGCAGAGCAUCAAGCAGCCAAUGAACAAGCCUACGACAUGUACUUGAGCACCCCUAGAUAUUUCGCAUGUGCUGGGCUCUUUUUCUGCUGGCACCAGCGAACUCCUGCCAAAAUCUUCCCUGUGCUUUUUGCGGCAGUCGCUUACCACUUCUCAUUGAAGAUGAGUCGUCUCAUCAUCAUUUGUGGUCCGAUAGUGUCGAUCCUGGCAGGCUACCCUCUGGGCAUCGUAUUUGAUUGGUGCAUUGAGCAAUGCAAACGCUUGGUUUGUGGUCCACUGCCAUCGCUUCCUGAAGAAGAUUUACCAAAGCGUACUGGUGGUAUGGGAUCUAUAUAUCGCUUGCUGAACAAGAUUGUCAAGCCAGUCACCUACACUGACGAGCUGCGAAGUGUUGAGGAUGUCAUGGGCCACUUCGCAUUUCGGCUUCCAUUGCUAGACCGUAUCACCAGGCUCGCUCUGGCAUCACUAAUUCUGAGUACCGCAUGGCGAGAGAUGCAGGAUCCCUGGGAGAAGUUUGUUUCGCUCUGUUAUCAGCAUGCUGACUCCCUGGCCGGCCCUGGUCUUGCGUAUGAGGCACGCCUGCGAAAUGGUCAGACCAUCAUUGUGGAUGACUACUACCAAGGCUACAAAUGGAUCGAGAGGAACACACCUUCGGACUCGCGAGUUUUGGCUUGGUGGGAUUAUGGCUAUCAGAUCACUGGCAUUGCCAAGCGAACGUCGGUGGCUGAUGGCAACACAUGGAAUCACGAACAUAUUGCCACUAUUGGCCGCAUACUGUCUAAUCCGGUGAAGAAGGCCCACAACAUCAUGAAGCAUUUGGCAGACUACGUUCUCGUUUGGGCUGGCGAACGCGAGACCGACCUCCGCAUCUCGGCCCACUUCGCGCGCAUUGGGAACUCCGUCUUUCCGGACAUUUGUGGUCCUGCAGAUCCCACCUGCAGCAAAUAUGCAGCAUACCCUUCGCCUACUCCAAUGAUGCGAGCGUCCUUCGUAUAUAACGCGGUGAAGCACAAUCUCGUCGAUGGUGUGCGAUUGGAUCCAAAGCUCUUCAAAGAGGUGCACACCACAAAGCAUGGCCUGAUGCGGAUCUACCAGG